AUGCUGGCAGGCAGGUAUCAGGGGGCUGCAAAGAAGAUUGGAUUGUCGGUUAAUUCAUGGGUGUCACUCAGGGUCAAGGAUUAUGAAGGUAUGAGACAAAAUGUUUUGUCUGGUGUAAAUAUUGGUGGUAUUGAGGUGGGUGGUUCCGGUAGUUCUGUUAAGGCCGAAACCAAGCAGAAAGCUUCAGGAGGGAAAGCGUCGGAUAGGAAGACUUUGUUUUACUUGAAGGACGCCCCAGGUGCGACCAUUUGCUGUGUGUCAGUUUCCUCAUCCGCUGGCGGACAAAAAGCUUGUGGAGAGAAGAAGGACUCAGCAACAAACUUGUGUGAUAUUGCCUCACACAGACCAGUAGUCCCGAUUGAUAAAUUGCAGUUUCCAGCUUUGUACUGCCGCUGCAAAAAGCUGGGAAGAGGAGGGGAGACGUUCUAUUGGGACUCUAUGCCCCAUAUGAAAUUCAGUGAGCUUCCUCCCACUAACACGGCUCCUUGGCUUACUGACAGAGAUACCAAGGCCAGGUGGACAACUUGUAUUCACGAGUUGAGAACUUCAAGUGCGACCGGAAGCCAGCCUCCACAGGCCUCGAGAACACUUAAGUUUGAAUUGGAUGAGAACUGUUGGGAUAUGACAAAAUAUGAGUUUUUAUGUUCCAAGAAAAACUAUUCAAGUACAAAGUUUUUGACACGUGCAAUCGGACUUUGGUCGUGA